GGGAGCGAACGUUCUAUCGGACAGACCCAUCGCGUCAAUUCACAGUGAACCGUCCAACCGAUUAGUAGGUGCAACCACCGCCGGGAUAAAAUUAACAGCAGCAAGCGUCUGGCCAGACUAAACCUGAAAAAUGAUACCACAAACAAGCGGCCAACGUGUGAGCGUGUUGCUGGUGCUGCUGAUUUUCCUUGCCUCCACCGACGCGAGUUCAACGUUCGACUGCGAGCUGGAGAAGCGUGCCGAUGAGAAUGUGUGCGUGUUCCGGAACGUUAUGUACACCGCCAACAUUACCGGUGCCACGUUUAAGGGUCCCGCCGGCAAGAUCCAGCAUGUCGCCUUCGAGGACAGUACGCUGGAGCAGUUCCCGAAGGAGCUGCUCACCGCUUUUCCCGAUCUCCGAUCGCUCAGUGUGCCGAGCACGAACCUCAGCACGCUGGUCAUCCCCACCAAGCUGGAGCGUCUGAUCGCUUCGGAUAAUCAAAUCUCGCGCAUUAUCGUACACCAGACGCGCGACAGUACGACCAUGCAGGAGCUGAUGCUCGAUUCGAACCACCUGCGCGACAUUUCCAACCUGACGCGCUUGGCAAAGCUGGAGAUACUUAAUCUGAGCCGCAACAAGGAUCUGCCGCUCGAUGGUACCAUCGAGCUGGGCCGGUUCAAGGGUUUGAACGAGCUGCGCCAUCUGCUGCUGUCGGACGUGGGGGCAUAUUAUCUGGAGAAUGAAAACGAUGUGUCCCUGCCGGAGCUGGAGCUGCUGGAUCUUUCCUACAACAGUCUGCUAACGUCCAGCCUGAACGUGAAGGUGCUGGCACCGCUCAAAUCGCUACAGAUUCUGCGGCUCGGGUACAACCAGCUGAACGAUCUGGAUGUGUUGCAGCUGACGCAGAACAAUGGGCAGCUGAAGCAGAUCUACCUCGAGGGCAACCAUUUCACGUGCCCGCUGCAGCGCCUGAUCCUGGACCAUCUGGCGAAGGUGGGUGUGGAGGCGCCCGUCACCAACAAGCAGGCCCAGUGCCUGCUGGGUUUCGAGAAGCAGGACGAUCUGUGCUGCAUGCCACAGAUGGCCGGCAUGAUCGGUACGAGUGCGCCGCCGAAGCAGGUGAGCGAUGGGCAAGGCAAUCGCAUGAUGGACGGAACGUCUACCAGCACCGAUUCGGCGACGGUACACGGCAAGGAACGGCCAAGUUCGGGUGCCGUCACAACUGCUUCUCCUCCUGCGGUUAGCGUGCCGAAGGCGACCGAUGAUGGCAAGAGCGUGGCUACGGUGGUCACGUUGGGUAACGAUAGCUGGCUCCUGAGCCUGCUGAUGCUUGCGACUGCGACCGUUGCGAAACUAAUGCUAUUCUAAUUCUGCUAAACCGGCGGUAGGUGGGUAACCUUUGUAUUACUCAGUUCGGAACAUUUCGAAGCGGUGUGACGUCUGUGGGGGGUUUUUUUUGGGAGGUUUUACGUAAGGCUCGCAAUCAAGGGCAGCAGGAGCGUCGGUCAUUUUGGAUGGAUAUUUUUGUGUCGCCAAAGCUUUGGUGUUGCAAUCGGGUGUUUGGUAACCGGAUUCGAUGGUACUUGAAUGGGAAGACAACCGGUGUUUCCUUGCGAGCGUCAUUAGCAGUCACAGUCAACACGCGUAGCCCGCUAGUCCGCCGACCGGACCGGAACCAUAGUGAUGAGCUUACGAAGUAACAAAAAUCAAUAUAUAGUACCGUAACACAUCUCUUUCCCAAUCAUUAGCUUCGAUUUCUUAGAUGAGAUCGAAAUAUUUCUUAGAACCUAAUGAACACAUCGCGUAAUGCCAGCAAUGAUAUCGCAAACCCCUCCCUUAUCAGCCAUUUUACCGCACCUUUCACCAGUUUAAUCUGUAGACCGGACCGGACGAGGGGAAAAAUUGAAAGUCUUGAGGCAAUAUAAUUGCAUAGGGGCGGGGGCAUCAGGAAUGAGAAUUUAGGGUGCUUCUGUGUCUGUCUAUAUUUGUGUGUGUGUGUAAACUUUAAACUGCCGGUGGUGUGUUGCAUUGGUAAUAAGCUUAUGAAUGUCCUUCAUACGUACCCCCGCCAUACGCCAUUUGCGAUAAUACCUCUUACUGUUCCGGGGAAGUCCGGGGAAGUCCGGCAAAGAAAGACUCCAACAGCAGCAGCAGCAGCAGCAGAUAAGGCCGGACAGUGUGCGCGAUAUGAUAGAAGCAACAGACACUUAGCUGUAAGACAGGAGCAAGGGCUACACGCGUGCAGAAUGCUAACAACAAUUAUCAAGUAUUACCUACACAUCUCCGUAACACAGUCUAGUCUUAGGAAUAUUAUUAAAAACAAACAAACAAACAUAACAUCGCUAUGUCGGUGUGUCGGGUCAGGUGAGCGCGAGACGGCAGUAGAACUGCAAUUUCAUACAACGAGUUUUUAAGAGACGAACAGAACAACUACCCGCCCAAUGUUUUUGUACAUCGUUUUGUGAGCAGCGGGGUGAGAUGUAAGCGAGAGGCCAAGUGCUCUUAGGUGGGAAAGGGAGGGAAAGGACAUGCAGGAAGAACCAAUAAGACCACAUAUAGUACCACCUCUAACAAGCCUGCCACCGAUGUGAGUGUGGUGAUCACACACGGCACCAACAGCUAAGCGCAAUCGGUCUCCUGUAGGCUCCGAAGCACGCACUUUACACCAUCUUUCUUUUUUUUUAACUAUCCACCGGGCGUCCUGCGGGGCGCCCUGCCUAGCCUAUUCGUCUCUAAACGUACCGCUUUCGUAGGUAAGCCGCCGUCGCUUAGUCGGGCGAUGUUGUGAUUAUUCGUAUUGGUGCUAGCGAGCCGCGAACCCGUACUACCCGUAUACUACUGCUAACCAUUUCUGCUAGGCAUGCCGCACUAUUUCUGGGCAUAGUUCACGUAUUCACUCUGUACUUUCAUGCUUUAUCGUGGUAGAAGUAAAACGUUUUAAAAUCUAA